AAGGCCUACGAGUGUUGGCAAAAAAAAAAGCACAACAAUUGGCGAUCAGAUAGUUUGCAACUUUGUAGUGUUUCCGGGGAUUCCCCCGCGCUUUUUGAAAUAAUUUAAGGACUUGACAAUCUGUAAAAGAAACAUCAACAAUGGUGCAAGUGAUUUUCGUGCUUUUGUCAAACUGUCGGCAAGCGAGAAUUUGAGUUUUCUUAACAUAUACCAUAAAGUUAUUUGACGCGAUCUUGCGUUAUUUUUUUCGAGAUUCUGAAUUCACGAAAAACGCGGGAGUCGCGUAAUUACCCUCGUUGUUUCUUAACUUUUAUCUCGAAUCUCAAAUUCCUUAUCUACACUCGCGCGUCCGUUAUCUCGUUAUCUCAAAAUGUGGAAAAUGAUAAAAAACAGGGACCUGAGAAUGGGCUUUUCGUAUUGAAUAUGAAUAUUGAAAAUUCCAGUCAAUGUAGUGAUGUUUUUCUUUUUAUUUUUAUGUUUUUAACAAUUUUUCGUUCUUUCGUAUCAUGGAAAAUUACGGGGAAACACAAUUUGAGACGAAAAUUGAAACCUUUGAUCCUUGCAUGAUCAACGUCUCUACGAGUCAAGAAGUUAUUCAGUCAUCGGAUCAAGCCAGAGUCACUGAGGCAGCUGCAGACGCUGCAGAGAUGGAAGAAAACACGGAAGAUGAUUCUUUCCAGGAAGAAAUGCAACACCAACCGACUGGACAAAUUGCCACAAUUCAAUCAAACGCCAUGACAAACAUGACGCUUACUCCUGUCAGACUGCCGGCUCUCCUCGACGGUGAAUUCUUCAGUGUGGUCAGAGUCGAAGAUACCAAUGUCACUGUUCAAUGUUUACAGUGCAAAAAACUUCUCAACGGAAAUCUCAAGUCGACCGGCAAUUUUCUCAGUCACAUCAAGAGGGUUCAUCCUUUCAUGAUCGAAAGGAUAAAAUGCAAAACUCAUCAGCGAAAGCCGGCGAUAGCUUAUGUCGAUAUGACGACGGGAGAAAAAUCAACAGACAUUGUAAAAACAAAACGAGUGUACAGAAAAUGUUACAAAGCGGAUGAAAAUCAAAAUCAAAACACCGAGGAAACGACGGAACAGACACAAAAUUGGGCAGAACCGUCGACGAUAAUAAAACGACGCAAGUACGACGAAGUGACGUCGUUUCCGGAAUCGACAGAACAACAAACAACUCCACAAAGCAAUUCGUUCGUCAUUCAAGACGAAUUCGACGCCAUUGGUAGAAACGUUGCUGCCAAACUACGAAAUAUGCGAUUAGACCAGCGGAUAAUAGCGGAAAAACUUUUAAACGAUGUUCUUUUCGAAGCCCAGCUUGGAACGCUUCACAGAGAUUCGAGUCUUCACGUUUGAACCAAAGAAACUCUUAAGGUCUUAAAAAUGAAUAACUCUCGCGAUAAAAUUGCAAUUGCGAUGAGCAUAAAAUCAAAUUUUUUACAUGUUCACCCAAAUCUCAUCCAAUUCAAAUCUCAGUAUUCAAUUAUUCAAUUAGGAAUCCUUGAGAAAAAUUCAAUAUUUUCGAUUGUUCUAAAAAAUGUAGUUUUUUCAAGCUCAAAGAGGAGUUAACGCAUUUGAAUAUUGUCAACCGAAGUGUACAGGGAAAAAGUUUGCAAAAAAAAUGUCGGGUUGAAAUCCCUGAAAAAUCAGAUUUUUCGGCAGAAUCGAAAAUCAGAUCGGCAGCAAAAUUCUGUCUGCGAUCAUGCUCAUUAUUUUUUUUCCAACGUCAGAGUAAGGAGAAAAUAUAAAGUGUACAAAAUAUCGCGAUUAGUGUAAAUAAGAGAAUUUUAUAAUACAACAAAAAAGGAAUGUGUCGAGUAGAUGAUAAUACAGUACAACGAAUAUUUGCUGCCAGGCAAUUAUUUAAUUGAAUUAUACAUACAUUUUUUACGGGAUAUCGAAGGUUAAAGAGUCAUCAAUGGAAAUUUUUCUUCAACUGAAUUACGAGUGAAAAAUUGACAGAACCGAUAGCUUCUGGGCUAGAUAUUGCUCAAACGUUGAGAGAUAGAGCAAAAGUGGUGGAGCAGGAAAUUUCCUUCGAAAAAGUCCCCAGCGACAUCCCUGAAGCUUCGGUAUUUUUUAUGUGAGAUAGCACUUUGAAAACCAAUCAGCUUUUACAAAUGUCAGUUUGACACGUUCCACUUUGAGCUGCUCCCGGGGCUGAAAUAUUAAUGAUACGCGAAAGCAUCUGAGGACUUUUUUUUUAGAAUAUUUUAUUCUCAACAAAAUUGGUCUCUUGUAUUUUUGCUCUAUCUUCAAUCGUUUCGAUGGGCAAUGCUGUUCAAAAUUAUCUUACGUCUCAAACGUCAAUUAUCGAUUCCCAGGGAUGAACAGCUCAUCUGGUGGGGGAAUUUCGUUCUGAAUUUACAUGAUGACCUUUGACCCACGAUAUCUCGUGUGCAAAUAUAUAAAUAUUUAUACAUAAAUAGCUUAAAAUUUCGUUUGGGUGGGAAAUAAAUGUUUUUGUUUUUUAUCCUCUAAUUUUACAUUCGUAUUGUACUAUAAUUAGCUUAUCAAUAAAUAAAUAUGUUUGAAGUAAAAAAACUAA